UUCAAAAUACUAGUGAUUGUGAAUGAAAUGUGGAAAGUGAAAAUAUUCUAGUUCUCUCAAAUCUAACAAAAAUUUCCCUAAAAUAUUAAAUAAUAAAAAUCUAAUGCACUUGUGAAUUCAAAAAACAAAAAUAUGGCUGAUACUUUCCAAACUAAAACACAAACUGAAGUAGAACAAGAAUUUGAAACCAAGUUAAUUCGAACAGUGUAUAAUUUAAGAUGGUUGUAUGACAAAAAUCAUCCUGAUUUUAACAAUGCUGCAAAGAAUAGAUUAACAUGGGCAAGAGUUUCUAAUACUCUACAAAGACCAAUUUCAGAUUGCGCGAACCGAUGGAGUUCUCUGAUACAAACUUAUUUUUCUUCAACAUCGCCCAAUUGGAUACAUCAUGAAGAUUUAAUAAAAUUCGAACCACAUUUGCAUAAUAAUUUUCGAAUUCCAAAUCCAGCCAAUCAGCCAAAUGAAAAUCAAAAAAAUGAACUACUUACAAUUUUAUUGAAUAAUCGGUUUAAGAUCCUAUCACCUCAAACAUCAUUAGUUGAGCGACAAGGGGUUUGGUCACAAGUUACAUUAAAAUGUAAUGCAAUUCAACCUGGAGCAUAUAUGGGAGCCUUAGAAUGGAAGAAGUAUUGGUAUGACAUGAAACAAACCUUUGGUAUACAAAGACUUAUACUUCAAUCUAAACUUAGAGCAAUGGGCACCAAGUUGGAUAUAUCUAAAUAUUCCGAAGAUGAUAUGAAAAUAGUUAAAAUAUGCGGUGCCUCAAUAGACGACACUACCACAGUUAUUGCUAGAGCUCUAGGUAGUAACAUCGAACUGGGCUUUAAUAGUGAUCUCAUUAUUCCAAAAUGUGUAAGAUGUCUCAAACAAAGAAACCAAUUGAUCAUCGAGGGUUAUUGUGAGACAUGUCAUAAUCUUCCAUCGUGUGAUGUCUGUCAUGUUGUUUGUGAGAAUAACACAGUGCGAUACAAAACCACCAAAUGGUCAGAUAAAGCUAAAAGUUUACUUCCUAAAAUAACAGCAUCUGUUGAUGCGAUAACUGUAUGUUUUAGUUGUUCGUUGGAAUUGAACAAAAAAGCUACAGUAGAAUGGAAGGCUUGUCGCAUUUGUGAAUCCGAACAACCAAAUUUAGAGUUAUUAUUCGGAAGUAGUAAUAAUAAUUUAAGAAGAGCUUUGAUCAAUAUCACAAAUAUCGCAAUUUCAGAAACCGAUGGUUUGCCAGGUUAUAUUUGUAAAUGUUGCAAAAUACAAAUUCAGCAAUUGAAUAAUUUUUAUACGAAAUUUUGUCGAAUACAAAUUAAAUUAAAAAACAUUCAUUCAACGUAUUUUAUUGGAAACUCGGUUCAUUUAACGUUAUUAAAAGAUUCAAAAGAUGGAAAAGUUGUUUGCUUGAAUGUAAAUGAAAAUUCAAAUGACAAACAAGAUUCAAUGAUACCUGAUAUAAGCUUACAAAAAGAUCCAUCUGUGCCAGCAGGAGCAUCAGAAUCUACAACCACAACCACAAAAAAUAUUCCUUAUAAAAUAUCACAAGUUCAGCAAGUAAACCAAUUUCCAAGUUAUAAAGUAACCACAGCUGUACCAGCGACACCAUCGAACGCCACGGGUCAGUUAAAAAGAGUUUCUAUACAAAAAAUUGUAAAAGCCGAUGGAACUCCAAUUGGAACUAUGGCUACUACGGAGGUUAAAAAUAGAGCCCUUCCGAUAAAUCCACCACUAGCAAUAAAGGAAAUUUUUUCACUACAACCUAGUAGUGCCCAAAAACCAAAAACUUCUAGUAAAUCCAAUGUUAAAAUUAUUCCAACACCAGCCUUACAACAAGCAAAAAUGCAUGGAGUCUUUUCGAAUGAAACACUUACAGUUACUAGAAAAAUUAUAGAUGUACCAGCAACAGGAGCAGCUGCAUCACCAUCUACAACAGCAGCAGCAACACCACCACCUACAACGAUACCAACACCGUCGCCAAUCAACACUAAACAGACAAUAAGUAUUGUAAAUCGAGCGAAUGGUAAUAGCGUAACACUUCCACCAAAUAAUCCAAUUACCUUGCAUAGAGGAUUUACACUAACAAAACGGCCUGCCGCUCCAGCUACCGGCAUUGCACAAGCUGAACCAAAUUGCACAACAUUAACAAAACCAAUAGACCUCCAAUCUAAACCUUCACCUACACCUCCACUUACACUUCCACCUUCAACAUCUAUUAUAAUUACCCCAAAGGCUUCCUCAGCAACGAAACCAGCUAUUUUCACAGUAUCUGAUUAUGAGACCAUAGAAGAUGCACCACCAGUUUUUUGUAUACCGAAGAAGAACAUACCGGUUGAGAAUAAUACUUCAGAAGCAGAAGCUGAAAAACAGUUGAUGAACUUUAAUCCAAGUAGUGCCCCAAUUAUAAAAUCUGAAGUAUUAGACCCUGAAGAAUGUAUUAUUAAGGAGCCAAGAGGUGUAAUUCAAGAUCUUCCAGAUCCACCACUUCAGUCACAAUUACAACAACUACCACCAACACAACCAACAAUGACACCGACGACAUCAAUAGAAAAUAUACCAGGCCUGCCACCACUGAUAAAUGAAAUGGAACCCAUUACCAACGCAGCGGGUAUGAAAAUAAUUCGUCUGAAUGGAGCAAUGGUGGCUGUUAAGCCUCAUCCGCACAUAUCAGGAGCAUUUAUUCCGGUGGAUUUAAAUAAUCCAACGGAAAUAUCGCCAGGAAAAUCUAAUCGCAUUCCAACAUACAUCCGAAAAGUGGAAACUUUACAGAAAUCUGAAUUGACGACAAGUAAUAAGGUUUUGAAAAAAUCACAGACCAUGACGGACGGAAAAUCAGUUUUGCUGCCAAGAAAACCACCUGCGCCAAAGGCUAUCAAAAGUGUACAGGGACCCGAAAACGUACAAUAUAAUCAAUCGACUCCUGAUACAAGUGUGCUCGUGAAUUCAGAGCAAGAAGAACAAUUUAUGCAAUCGCAACCGUUGCAAAACAAAGAACUGAGUCACCAACAACAACUAUUGCAGUUGCAGAUGCAGCAGCAGAAACUACAACGUCAACUGGACCAACAACUGCAGAAGCAGAAACUGCAACAGGGGCAGCUCCAGCAACAGCUUCGGCAGCCGCAACAACAAGUCCAGCAGCAGCAAAAACCACCACAGCAGAAUCAACAACUGCAGCAAGAGCAACAACAACAACAGGGAAUAAAGAAAGCUCGGAAGUAUUGGGGCAAUGUUGAUGAAUUUCAUGUCGCUAACACACCAACGAAAACACCUCUACCACCACCAUCAAAAUCAUUCUCACAGCUUUCGUCUACCAUGCCCACCAUCCAACAACAACGACCCAUUGAACCAGCCCUAGAACCAAUGCAAAGAACUCCUUUAGCUCCACCAUGGGUCGAAGAAAGGAAAACCCCUACACCAGCCGAAGAUCCACUUCAGAUUUCAGCAAAUUUGACAAAUGUUAAAAUAAAACAAGAAGUUCCAGACAACGACGCAGGUGAUGUGUCUAUUGUUGAGCCAAGCGAAAGAACUCCUGGUAUGUUCUAUCCCGAUUCAUUUGAACUGGAAAAUGUAACCUUCGGAGUAGAUGUCUCAUUGAUGAUCAACAGCAUAAUGAUACAACAGAAUUCGAUUAUCGAUAACAAUUCAAUGGAUGGAAAUAAUUUUGAUAAAUUUAUAAAUCCAGCAUUUCCGAUUUCUUAUGGGAAAAGAAAACAGCAAACAGAAGGUACAAAAGUUGACAACAAGCAGAAUGAGAAUAAAAAAAUAAAAACGGAAGGCCAAAGUAAUACAGGGGCCGAAGCAAAAACGGUAGCUAAGGUAGCAAAUGCCUCAGGAGAAGAAGAGACAAAAAAGAAACAAGAAAAAGAUGACGAGAAUAAGAAAGAAAAAGAGCGUGGGAAAGAAAAAGAAACAGAAACGGAAACAGAAACAGAAACAGAAACAGAAACAGAAAAAAUUAAUGAAAUUGAUGAUCUUAAGAAACAGUCAUCAAUGGUAUGUGGCGUAAAAAUAAAAAAAUUCUGUAUCAGGCUUAAGCGAGGAAAAGAACCUAAACUUGUAGCAAGACCUAAGCGCUUAUGUACCCUGCAGUCAACAAAUUUAAGGUCUUCUUCGCCAGCGACAACUCCAACGUCAACGCCAACGUUAACGUCAACGCCAACAACAACACCAACGUUAACACCAACGUCGACGCCGGUGGUGUUACUGCCUAAAAGAAAAUCAUUGCGACUGAACCAUGCUUAAAUUUAGGUAGGUUAUUAUUAAUAAUUUGUUUUGUAUAACCAAUUAGGUUUAAGCUGUAAAUUAUAUUUAUUAUUGUAAUUAUAACAAAAAUUAAAAACUCAUUGUUUUGAACUUAGGAAUUUAAGUUAGGAUUAGACAAAAAAAAACUUUUGAUCUUAAAAUAAAUAAAUAAAAUUUG